GCUGACUGGUUCUCUAGUAGGCUGUAACAUACAGUUGGCCAGGCUCAUCUUCACCUUUGCUAUUACAAUCCCUUCAAUCUCCAGGUUUGAUUCUUGGUAAGUUUUCCCAGUUUAUAUCUAGAGACGGAGUAAUCGAAGAUUAUAUCCCCAUAUAUGACCGUCUCUUCUUUGCCUGCACAGAUAUUCCACUUCGCCAUCAAUAUGCACACAACUUUCCAACCUCGAUCCAUACCCUUGUCCCAUACGCCAUCAAAGAAGCAGAGUAUAAUCCAACGGAGACACAGACACGCGAACAGUGUCCAUAAAUAGACAGAGGCGCAUCAAUCUCAUCUCAUAUCUUCCAGUACGUCAAAGGGAAAUCAUGGUAGCAGUUCUGCUUCUGGUCUUAGUUGGAUUAGUUGCUGUUAUGAUUAUGUGUGGCAGCUGUAACGCUGAGGAACAUCUGUGCAACACGAUAGUCGACGCCGCUGUCACCAUGUGCGUCAAGCAGGUUGCCGGCGACUUGAACGGCGAGAACAACGACGACCGUGUCAGCAGGUCCAAAGAGCGGAAGACGGCAGAGUGCACCGUCAAUUCCACCACUUCCGUCAGCGGCGGGGCGAUGUGUGAGUCGAACUCCUUGCCGAGGUGCAGACAGUGCUUGACGGGUGCGACUGACAGGGUGAUCAAUCUUUGCCCGGACCGGAUCGGCGGUCAGAUUAACUUCACUCUCUGCUCCUUUAGGUUCGAGCUCCAUCCAUGGUCUUAAGAUCAAACCAAUGAAUCAAAUUAUCUACUCAUUUGGUGUCAGCUGCUUGCGGAUUGGAAUCUGUUGUAGUGAAAGGCCAUCCAUGUUCGUCGAGAUUAUCUUUAGAUGGUAUUGUCUGUAGGUCUAUGAUUAUUAAAACUCGUUUCUGUAUCUUCUUUAGAGUUUUGAAUAAUCUGAGGGAGUAUAAAAUUUUUGAGUGUUUUUCUUUCUCUAAUAGAAGAAUUUUGGGUGUUUCAGUUUCUCUCUAUGGUUAUAUAUGUUAGAAAUGAAAAUGUCCUGCCUGCUCCUGGAUCCAAAGUGUCUUGCUUGGCUGUAUAAACUCCGAAACAUGAGUCCUUACUCCUGAGUAGUAGGAGGCCCACAAGACUGAAAUCAAAUAUGUGGGCCGGUUUGCCCAUUUCCAGUUUUACCACGACCGUAGUCUGGCCCAAUGGAUAUGAGGCAUAUGCUUAUAGGCAUCAAUCGGGCAGGUUCGGGCUAAGUUCAAUCGGGUUGCGGGUUGCGGUUCAUUGGGUUUUGGGUUGGGAAGAUCAGGUUUCGUGUUGUUCGGAUCAACGCAUCGAGUAACUUACUCCUUACUCGUUACCAACUUACACAUUUUAUUAUACUUUUUUUUGGUGGGACACGUUUUAUUAUACUAAUUUAAUAUAUUUUUUCUCAAUUUUAAACCAAUUUCUUUCUACCUCGUAUAUAUACUUAAUUAAAAAAACUAGUCAAAAUGUUGAAUCAAUUUGUAUGACUUGCAAACUUGUUAUGUAAUUAAUCGCAACUGGUAAAGUACACUAGCUAAUAGUAAUUGGAUUAAAGUAUCUCGUUUAGUAUAACCAUGCAAAUCUGGUAUUUGACGUGUGGUAUUUGGCAAAAGCAGUGUGGUAAAAAGAUUUAUUUCGAAACAACUCAUUGCCCAAAUAACUUCAGUAAAUUGUCGCCAAACGAAUUAUUUGUAAAAUUGUUCGAAUUACCCUAAAAAUUGAACCAUUAAAAAUUAACUGUAAAAUUAUUGUGACUUCAAUCAUAACUUAAUCAAUAGCAUAUAUCCUAUACACUUAACCUUACCCUCAAUCGACAAUAUUAAGUUAGUAUAUGUUGUUGAUCAUAUACACUAAACCAUCAAUACAUUAUACACUAACCACAUACCUUAUACCCUAACCAUAUAUCCUUAUGAGUUGUGAUUUUGCUAGUAUAGUUAAUUUAAAGUGAAAUUAAUACUUUAAUUUUAAAAACAUAUAUAAAAAAUUAUAUUUAAUAUACUCUAAUCAUAUAUCCUAUACCCUAAUCGCGUGCAAUAAUUGUGGAAGCAUAAAACAAGUAGACAAAUUUAGUGAAUUUUUCUAAAACAAAUUAUUGUUGUAAUUAAUAGUUAAUUUAGUUAUUAGACCAUAAAUAAUUAUAUAUAUGGUUAUAUAUAUAAAAGAAUAAUUUAAUUAGUCAUCCCCUCCAUAUAAAAAUUAAAAAUUCAUAUUUCAAAAGUUAAAAUUUUGAAAAACCAAAAAGUUGAAAACACCAAAUUUGUUUCCUUUUUUCUUUUCAUAAAUAAAAUUCUCCUCCUCCUUUCUCCUUCCAUAAAUUAAAAACACUCAAAUUUUCCUCCUUUUUCUCUUCCAUAAGAUUGAAAAAAUCAAAUUUCCCUCAUCUUUCUCUUUCAUAAAAUUGAAGAACAAAAUUUACCUCUUUCUUCCUUCCUUCCACAAAAAGUGGAACACUCAACAUUUUCCUUUUUAUUUUUCUUCCAUGAUCAAAAGAACCAAACUUUCCCACUUCUUUUAUCUUCCCACAAAUCAAAACCAACAAAACUCCCUAUUGUUUCUUUUCUAAAAAAUUCAAAGAACCAAAUUUUCCUAUUUCUUCUCUUCCAAAAAGUUGACACACCAAAAUUUUCCUCCUCAUUUAAAAAUAUCAAAUUAUCCAAUAUAUUACUUUACUUUAU